CCUCGCUCGCUCUCCUUCUAGCAGUGGAGGUGGAGAGUCCCAAAGCCAGCCAGCCAGCCAGACGGAGACGGGAGGAUUUACAAAGUCUUUUUGGAGGAAACGCCGCCAGAAGCCACUUCCUGCCAACUUGCGGUGCCGCGCGCCUCGAGCCCCGAACUUUCCUCGCGCCGCCUCGGACUGGAGCGGCUGCGCGGCAGGAGCGCUUCUCUUUCGGGGACGCACCAAACGUGCUGCUCUACACUUUUUGAAGUAUGGUCAUCAACACACUACCAAAAGGUUUUUAAGUAAAACAUAUUUUAUUGAUUUGGAAGAUUUAAAAAUGGAAACAUUUCAUUUUUGGAUAAUCUUGGGACUUUUUGUAACUGGAUCUGUCAUCAGUGAAGGUUCAGAAAGAGACUUUUCCAGCCUGAAUGACUCUGGAAUCUCUGCCAUAGAAAUGGAAGAUAAAUUAAUUAUUCCUGCCAAUCAUUCCAACACUAGCGAGAGUAAUUGUCUAAAAAGUCCCAGAAUGACUAAUACUUUUAAACAUAUCAAUACAGUAAUUUCUUGUGCAAUAUUCAUCAUUGGGCUUGUUGGGAAUGCAACUCUUCUGCGGAUAAUCUAUCAGAACAAAUGUAUGAGGAAUGGACCUAAUGCAUUGAUAGCCAGUCUGGCCUUGGCAGAUCUCAUCUACAUCAUCGUAGAUAUUCCUAUCCACGUAUAUAAGCUUCAUUUUCCAUAUGCCUUUGCGAUGACACAGUUUGGACAAUUUCUUUGCCCUGUUGUUCCUUUUAUUCAGAAGGCAUCUGUGGGAGUCACUGUUCUUAAUCUCUGUGCCCUAAGUGUAGACAGGUACCGAGCAGUUGCUUCCUGGAGUCGUGUUCAGGGAAUUGGUAUCCCCUUGAUUACUGCCAUUGAAAUUUAUUGUAUUUGGAUUCUUUCCUUCGCCCUGGCUAUUCCAGAAGCAAUUGGUUUCACCAUUGGAGAGUUGAUUUAUCAUGAAAAACGGCUCAAAACCUGUAUGCUAAUACCAAACAAUAGCUUCUUGAAAUUUUACAUUAAAAUAAAACACUGGUGGCUCUUUGGUUUCUAUUUCUGCAUGCCACUUGCUUGCACGGCAUUCUUUUAUACCCUGAUGACCUGUGAAAUGUUGAACAGGAGGAAGAGUAAUUUGAGAAUUGCUCUCAGUGAACAUCUUAAGCAGCGCCGAGAAGUUGCUAAAACAGUUUUCUGUUUAGUUGUGAUUUUUGCUCUUUGCUGGUUUCCUAUGCAUCUAAGCCAGAUACUGAGAAAUAUGUUCUAUGACGAAAAAGACCCCAAUAGAUGUGAAUUCUUCAGCUUUUUGUUGACUAUGGAUUAUAUCAGCAUUAACCUAGCAACCAUCAAUUCCUGCAUAAAUCCUAUAGCACUCUAUUUUGUGAGCAAGAAGUUCAAAAACUGUUUCCAGUCAUGCCUCUGCUGUAUUUGUCAUCGGACAGGAAGUCAGAUGUCCUCUGUCCCCAUGAAUGGGACCAGCAUUCAGUGGAAGACUAAUGAACUGAAUAACCACAAUACAGAACGUAGCAUCCACAAAGACAGCUUAAAUUGAGAUUCAGCAAAGACUGUGCUUCUGAAUCUAAGGAAAAGACAACAGAUACGAUAUCUACGAUUGAACAAACUUAUUUAUUUGGAAGCUCUGUGCGCUAGCACUUAAUUCCAGAGAUAAGCAGAAAGAACAGAUGUGCAUAAAGGGAUUCCAAAUGGUUCUUUUUCUUAUAAAGAAAUUCACUUUUUGCAGGAACGAGAAGAAUCGACAUGGUACUCUGCAAAGUGUUAACAGAUUUCAGCCAGAACAUCUAGCUGUAUGUUAUGUUACAUAUUCUGUUAUAUCAUUUUAAUUUUAUAAUCUUAAUGAAUUUUCUUGAAUGUCAAGAAUUGUGAAAUCAUGGGACCUGUAUCUACUCUGUAAUAACAACAUUCUUUUGUCAGGAAAUAUUUUAGUUAUUGUAUAGGUAGUCCUCAAUUUACAACUAUAAUAGGGACUGGAAAAUUUGUUGUUAAGUGCUACUUUCACUAAGGAAAGCAUCACAUGUUGACAUCCAAUUUUACGACCAUUUUCACAUAGUCAAGUGAAUCACCAUGGUUAUCAAGCAAGAUAUUACCAGACUAGCUUGAGACCUCUCUGUCAGCUUCCUCACUGACUUUGUUAGAAACAAACUGCUAGGAAGGUUACAAAUUGUGAUCAUGUGAUGGCAGAAUGUUGCAACCAUCAUAAACAUGCAAUGAUUAGCAAGCACCUCAGUCAUAAUCAUGUGACUGCAGAGAUGUUGCGACGAUGUGUAAAUGAGAAAACCAGUCAUUAAUUACUUUUUUCAGUACUGCUGCAACUUUGUACUGUUGCUAAAUGAAUGGACGUUAAGCAAGGACUGCCUGUAUUUCAUAUUUGGAAGCAUGUUCAGCCAAAAACAUUUUUAUAACUGUAAUAUAUAUGUUAAAUUAGAUCUAACCAGUAUUUUAUGUGUUGUAAUGUAACAAAUGAGACAUAAUUUGGAAAAUUAUUUUGGGAGGGGGGAUUGCCAACCACUGGUUUGUGGGUAAAGAUAUAAUAUUAGAACUUAACAUUUAGGACAUAAACUUAGGCCCAAAAGAUAGAGCAGUGUAUUAGCAGGCAAAUUUUAAAUAAACCAUAUGCAGACACAAAAUGAUAUAUGUUCUCUGUGAAAAUACCUUUCAACAGCUAUACAUAUUUCUCUGUAGCAAAUGAAUCCAAUGUUGAACUGUCCUCACUUUUUAUAACAUUCAACUGGAAUCUAUGUUCUGACAAAUUAAGACCAUUACACCAUAUCCAUCACUCUAUUUGUGAUAGCUAUUCAGAUAUUUGAAAAAAUGCUUUUAAAUUUCCCCUCAGACUUUUCAAGGUCAAACAUAUCCACUUCCUCUCAAAAGACUUACAUUUCCUUGUUAUCCUUCUAUGCAUCUUUUUCAGUUUCUCAAACUGAAAAAAACACAUAUGAUCUUGUCAUUAAAUAUUGUAAAAAUGGCAAUGUAUAUAAAAACAGUUUUAAAUUCUAUUUCAUAAAAUUAAUGCUAUAUUUUCAAUUGUUAAUGAUAUACUUAAGAUUGAUAAUUCUGGCAUUCUUUUGCAGACAAAUCCUAAAACAUAAACCUCUAUGGUGGGCAGAAUCAAGAUGUGAACCCUGGUCUUUCUCUUUGCCAACCUUUUUUCCUGUUUUGCUUGGAUGUCUUUUUCUUUUUUGUUCCAUUUUUCUUUCUUUUGCUACCAUAACAUGUUAUCAAGAAAUGGAGAGAUCAACUAUCCAUAAUUUUGACAUGGCCUCUUUUGAAGGACUGCUGAAAACAACAUGUGACCUGAACAUUCUUUACAGUUCAUUUUGGAGAAAUAAGAUUUUACAGAAGAAUUUCUACAAUAAAUUACAUGGCACUUAUGUGUGCUUAUAAAAACCAUUCUCUAACAGAACAGCACACAUAAUUCCUGCCUAGAUAAAUGUGAAUAAAAAAAAACUCUUGGGAGUCUAAAUGAAUUUUUCAAAAGAAUCUAUUGAACAUAUUCUUCUAUCUUAAUUAAGUUAGAGGGGACACUAUAGGGAUGAACAAAUAUGUUGGUUUUGAAACUUCUAUUUUUAUCGUUUUUCUAGUCUUAAUUUUUUUCAACCAAUUCCACAUUACAUGAAUAAUUUUGUUUUUUAAAAGUGUGCACAUGAAAAUUCAUUUAUAAAUUUAUGAAUGCUUCCCACAAAAUAUACUGUUUAUAAUUUGUACUACUACAUGUCUUGACAAGCAAGUUGCCAAAUACUGUGCAUUCUGUACAUUAUUACCAUUAAUACAGACAUUUCUGAGCAUUCUUCCAUAACAUGCAAAUACAGUUUCAGUUUGCAUAUUGGUAAAAAGUUACAUAAGUUUACAUUAAAAUACCAAGCAAAUGUUUUCACCUUUAGAAAGGAACUUUAGCUUGAGAAUUAUAUUCUGCUUCUUAAAGAAUUGUGCACAGUGAUGAAAUCCAAUAUUUUUUACUACCAGUUUUGUGAGCGUGGCUUGGUGAAAGUGGGGUGGCUUGGUGGGAGUGGCAGGGAAAGGAUACUGCAAAAUCUCCAUUCCCACCCCACUCCAGGGGAAGGAUACUGCAAAAUCUCCAUUCCCACCCCACUGAGGCCAGCCAGAGGUGGUAUUUGCUAGUUCUCCAAACUACUCAAAAUUCCUACUACCGGUUCUCUGAACUGCUCAAAAUUUCCGCUACUGGUUCUCCAGAAUCUGUCAGAACCUGCUGGAUUUCACCCCUGGUUAUGCAAUACUGAACCAUUUCUUAAGGCAGCAUGACAUCUUGCUUUUGGGCAUAUGGAUGCCUAGAGAUAGCUGGGAUGUAUUAAUGAAUACCAAAGGGUGCUUUUGUUCACACAGAGUCCAGAACACUUCUGAAUAAUUUUUCAAAACUUUUCAUAGAAAUAAUUAAUAUUUGGACUGAGCUGAGAUAAAUCCCAGGGAAUUCAAAGUUUGUUACCUGUUAUAAAUAGGUAGCUCAGCAAAUAACAGCACUCAGCUGAUUUUGGCUGUUUUUGAAAUCUUAAGCAGAUCCCGUCUAAUUAGUUGGAUGGAGAUCAAUAGGAAAUUCCAAGGCUGUAUGUUAAGUUGGGUAGUUAAGUUGGCUAGUUAAGAAAACACCCUGGAAAAGAUAAGAAAUCAUUUCUCUACUGUUGUCAAACACCCUAUUGUAUAUGGGUCUUUAGAGAUAAUCAAUUCAAGGGAAUCUUGAUUUUUUUAAAUGAGUAAACAACAAAAUUCUUUUGUUUCCUGGAGUGCCUAAUGGACAGUAGGGCACCCGAUUCCUCCUCCUAACUGGAUUCUAGUUUUAGAGGCAAGAAUCUUUUAUUAACUUUAUUCUUUUCUUUGAUAUUCAGACUUAUGAUGCCCAGUAUUGGAAAAUCUCAGUUGGGAAAGUCUCAAAGGAAGCCAAGGGCAGGAUGGAAUACGAGGGUAUGAUCUAUAGUUUUGAGAUAAGAUUUAGAACAGUGAAAUUCUAUUACUGCUUUAAAUAGGGAUCCAGAUAUUCAAUAUUAGUCUUAAUACAUUGUAACAUUGAUGUGCUGUUCCUGCUUUUAUUUUAGGUCAUUAAAGAUAAUGGAGCUCUCUAUCAGAGUAACUGGUUAAAUAGCUCUAUCCAUCAUGUUAACUUUAAUGGGAAGGACAAGUGAAUAUUGAGAAUUGCCGCUAAUCAGGGCCGGAUUUAGAUGGAAAGAGGCCCUAGGCUAUUCCACUUAUGAGGCCCUUUCACCUAUAGUGAAAGUGUAAUUUUAAUUUUGCUAACAAUUUGAAUGUAGGCCCCUCUUGAUCUUGAGGCCCUAGGCUGAAGCCUACUUAGCCUAUAGGAAAAUCCGGCCCUGUCGCUAAUAUGCUCAAAAGUAGAUGCAAAGCUAAGUCCAAUUAUUCUUUCUCCAUAGUGGUCAGUUUUUGAUAACUAAUUCAAUGUUCAGAAUUCCUCUGCAGCAAUUAUAACUUAAGUAGGUCUUUUAGUCAUUGUUAUACAUGAUGCUUUAAGUAUCUCUUGGAGAAAUCAAAUUUUAAAAAUAUAGUGAAAAUGUAAAAUGUGAAUCCAUAUAUAUCAUUAUAAUCCAAAUGACUUCUCUAUCAUAAUGUCUAUGGUGAGGUUCUUAUGAGCAGCAUUUUAUUUUCCAACAAAAUGGGUUGCUUAUAACAACACAAUUUACACUGUACUGCUACAGAAUAUUCUUAGCCAAUUUCUGAUGUCUGCUAUGCUUAGGUAUGCAAAAUAACCAUUUGGUUUUGAACCUUCAAUAAUUUCAAGUAUCUACAAUUCUGUACAAAAAUAAGGUCAAUUUGCUGAACAGUUAUACCCAUCUUCAUAUAGAAGAUAAUAUUGUAAUUUGUAUAUAUGAAAUGUCUAUGUAAAUGUCUAUAGGUAUUUUGAUAUAUACUUCUCAUAGCUUUCUUCUGUUUAUAUACGUAUUCUUGUUUUCAAAUAAAAUGUAAUGUGUUGACAUUGCUCUAUAAUAAAGCAGAAGAGCAUGC